GGAUUUGGACUGAUUUUUUGUGCACACAUUUUUGGACUGCAUUAAUUUGCCUAAAAUCCUUUUUCUUCCUUAAAUACUGGGAAAAGGGGUCAGAGAUUGUGAAUGAUUUAUAUGAUAAAUUCUAUUACUGAAAAAACUUGUUUUAUGACGAUUGAGACUCAGGAAAACAUUUAAAUGAUUGCGUAAAUUCCGAUUCAAUUGGCAGGCAUACUUAGGGAGACUUCUCUGUGGCAUUUUUGAGCAGCUCUGGGAGGACAGAGUUUAUGGCUGACUGUUGUCUCUUUUAUGUAGAUCUCGGUAAAUAGGAAAACUAUCCAGGCCUGGUGUAUGUUUACAGCUGUGUCUAACCAACGCUGGAGAACAGCUACCCUUGAACCAUUGCCAGGAGUCGUAUUCAUUACAAAUGUUCAUAAUCAUUCUAUUUACUAACAUGCACCCCCAGGCUAUUUUGCAUAUUAAUUCCAAUUAACCAGUGGUAUUGUUUUAGUGGCUUCAGUACAGCUUUGAGAUAAUUUGAUAAACUGAGUUGUUGGACUGAGCUUUAGUGGUGAGGAUCAAUUUUCAAAUGAGGAGAUGAUUGGUAUAGCCUCAUUAUUGAUAAUUUAAAAUAUGCAUAUCUGCUCUAAAUCAAUGGAAAGGACAUUCACAAUUGAUGGAAUCUUCCCAGCCAAAUUAAAUGCAGCAUGAAAAGAGAGAAAGUUUCAUGCAUUGAAGACUCUGUUUAACAGGUGCUUUAUUCUCCCUAUGUGGUAUUUUCUUGGUUUGCUGCCCAUUAAAAAAUUCUUUUUGGAGAAAUUGUCUUACAUUUGAAAAGAGGAGUUAGAUAUCAAUUUAUCAGCAGUAAAACUUUCUCCUUUGAGUGCUAUAGACUCCCAUUUGUCGAAGGAAGUGAACAAUGUAACAGUCAGGAUUUUCCUCAAGGACAUAUUGCAGAAUCGGUCAGGAAAUUCUGUGCUGUUUGUACUUUUUCCCUUUAAUUUCUUUUGACGUUGAAAACCUAAUUAUAUAUCUUAUUUUGUGAAUUAACUUCUACCAAGUGUUUAAACCCUCUUCAGGAGACGCUUUUCCCUGAUUGGUGGAAACGAUUGCGAUUGAUUUGGCUGCAUGUCACUUAGGUUUCUGACGAACAUGCUAUGAUGUAUAAACCUAGACAGGCAUAACACACUGGUCACUUACUGAGGGCUUGUGUAUUAACAUCCAUCACAGGAGGUCAGGGGUCAGCACGGGAUUAUAACAUUGGACAGACUGUGACCCAACACCCCCCAUGUCAUGUCCCAGCAAAACCUUUAUAUACACUUCCUCGUGAAAACAAAACAAGAACUAUAUCAUUGAGCUGGGAGGAGGUGCUGGCUGAAUUUGGCCGGUCACUGGUAGGAAGAAGAAAUUCACAGGAUUGAAUCACCUGUUGAUUGAGACUUGCCAGAACUCACCUGAGUAAACGAACGCAUCCUUUAUCACAGAGAACCCCAACUUGUUGCCAGAAGUUGUUCUGACUCUCCAAGGAAUGAGAAAAAAAAACUAUUCAGAUGCUGUGGUGCUAACAAGAAUUUUCUUGAUUUUUUUUCCCCUCUGAGAUAAUGGAGGGCAUGAUUUUUUAAGCAGUCGUGGAACAUUGAUUUUAUUUUUGUGUGUGUGUGCAAUUUUAAAAUUGUGGAGAUUAUUAUUUGAUUUUCAAAUUGGAAUAUUAUUACCUAUGGGAUGUGGAUUUUCUAAGUCACAAUGAUGUUCCGGAAGGACAAAGCUAGCCAGACUCCGGAUCAUUGUGUACACUGCGUGUACACAGAUGAUGAGGUAGCCUAUUACAUGAGCUCAUCCAGUUUUGAGUCUGCGAUUUUGGGCGAGGCUCACGGACUGAUCACAGACAUGUUGGCUGACCAGUCCCUACCCCUCAACAUAGUGAGCGGCCUCCGAACUCUCAGCAACCUGCUGAAGCCCCCAGAGAGUCACUCUUCCUUCCACAAAACCAGAGUGAGUCCUCUCGUCUCGCUCACAGAGUCCACCAACUAUGGAUCGGACACGGAGGAAAACCCUUACACCGGGGAACGACCUUCAUCCAAGAAGUCAAGGCGUAGUUUACCUCCAAGCCUAAUACGUAGAAUGUCGACCAGCACGUGGACUACCACAACAUCAGCUACGGGCAUGCCCACGCUAGAACUGGAGCCGUGCAGGAUCCGGAGUUCCAGCUUCCGUCACAAUCGUGAUGGGACGCCUGGGUCCAGCCCAGUGGGGAGUCGCAGUAACUCCCCCUCCCCGAGCUCUCCGACCGUGGUCUUAUCUAUUCCCAAAUCACGGUCCUUCUCGCUCGUUGCACCAGUUCCUAUUGGAGGAUCGCAUCCUAAGCGACCUUCAAGGAAGAGUGUAGCCUCCAACAUGGGGACUGAAGUAAGUGGCAUCUCCAAAUCAUCCGAUUUCAUUCAACUCAGUCCUUUGGUUAAAGAUGAACUGGAUUUUGCUCAGGAAAAGGGGGACAAAAAGUCCAAUAAUUCAGCAUCAUUUCGCAGAAUUAAUAUGACUUCAGAUUACGAGAGUAAUGACUCCCCUAAUUCUAGUGACCAUAGUGAUAAUGUGACUACUUAUGAUGAAGUGGCAGGGUCACCCCCUAAGAAGGUUAUUUAUAGCCAUGGGACUCCAUCUAGUUCACAAAAGUCAUGGGUAAUACAUGAUCGACGUCUACAAGAGAAUGUGGACAUGGCAGAAGACGCAGACGAAGAGGACGAAAACGAGCUGACGGCAGAGGAAGUAGACGGCAAGAAUUCAUCCGUGGCUUCCCCCACGGCCAACAGUGUGAAAAUUCCAUGGGAAAUUGAAAACAUUGACGAUUGUGAACUCUUGCAUAUACACAGACUUAACGAAUGGGAUUACCCUAUUUUUGACUUAGCCAGUCAGUGUAGUGAUACUAUCCUUAGUAAGGUUGGGUAUAAAUUAUUUGUGGAGGUGGGGUUAUUUGAGACAUUCCGGAUUCCUGUUGCUCCCUUUUUACAUUACUUCCAUGCAUUAGAACAAGGCUAUCGAGAUAAACCAUAUCAUAAUCGAAUACAUGCCACAGACGUGUUACACGGGGUAUUCUACCUCACCACCCAGCCCAUCCCGGGCUUCACCCAAGUCAACACCAGCAACAUGUUCUCCAGAAACGGGUCAUCCAGUGAUUCAGGUACUUACUCAGAUGUGGACGCAGAGAAGAGCCUGACCUACCGAGCCAACAGCUUUAACUCGGAGGAUUACGGCAUCAUGGGAGGAAACUUCCCCGCCCUUGAGUUGAUGGCGCUAUACACAGCUGCAGCAAUGCACGACUUUGACCAUCCAGGUCGUACAAACGCUUUCUUGGUGGCCACCAACGCUAAAGAGGCAGUGCUAUACAAUGAUCGGUCAGUAUUAGAGAACCACCAUGCGGCUCAGGCGUGGUCCCUCUUCAUGAAAGAACCAGUUCUCUACAACUUCCUGUGCGGACUUGAGGCUGCAGAAUUCAAACGAUUCCGUUUUCUGGUGAUUGAGAACAUCCUUGCCACUGAUCUCAAACGCCAUUUUGAAAUUCUGGCAGAAUUCAAUGCAAAGGUGAAUGAUGAUGACGCUGUCGGGAUAGACUGGACUUCUGAGACCGACCGACUCCUGAUGAUGCAGAUGGUCAUCAAACUAGCCGACAUCAACGGACCUGCCAAAAGACACGAACUUCACGUCCGCUGGACAGAGAGAAUAUCAGAGGAGUUUUACGAACAGGGUGAUGAGGAAGCGCGGUUAGGAAUGCCCAUCUCUCCUUACAUGGACCGCAGGAUCCCACAGCUAGCCAAACUCCAGGAGACAUUCAUCAACCACCUGGUGGCACCUCUAUGUAAUGCCAUGGUAACCGCCGGAUUCCUGCCAGGCACAUGGGCAGACCAGGAACUGAGCGAGGAUGAAGACGAGGAAGAGGGUCAAUCUGACACUGAUCAAAUUGAAAGUACCGGCAAAGACUCCGAGGAUGAAACAGAGACCGACAAUGAGGGAGGACAGAUCUGUCACCAGAAGUGUAAGAAGAAGCCGCGCAAAAUCAACUGUCUGCUGACCAAGAACCUGAAGGAGAACCACGAGUACUGGGUGGCCAUAAUCCAGGAGGAGGAGAAACAGAAAGCCAGUAAUGAAUCAACCAAUGAAAUCUCACAGGAAACCUCAGAGGUCACAGAAAUGGAAUCUAUAAAAGAAGAAGUGGAAUCCCAGGCCUCUAAUAAUAGUUCCCAACCUAGCACUCCUACCAAAGACUGUAGCCAAUCUGACAACACGUAGCAGCCACACCCAAUACUAGUUCUAUAGACUUGUUCUAAAGUGGUUCAGAUCUCAUGCCAUCAUUAUGAUAUCAAAAACGUCUUGCCACAGAAUGAUGUCUACAGCGUGGAUCUGAAGUUAUCGCUGCAUGACACACCAGUUCUGGGCCCACAUCAAUCCUAUUUGUUGUUAAUCGUGCAGAUCAUAUUUUUGAAAGUGAACUACAGUGUCUGUCAAAAGUGGUGAUCAUUUUGUCUGUCAUGAAGCAGACGUGGAGCACACACACAAUGGCCGUCAAGAGAUUUACACUGAGGAAAUCAGCUACAGCAGCAACUAGCACCCAAGCGAAUUUGUCUUCAAGUUGAAUGAUUUUUAUAAAGAAAGGAAAUAACCCAAUUAUCAUCUAAAACUAUUUUUAGCAUAAUGUAUCAUGAAUCUAAUUACUAGUAGUGGUACAGAUUUUUAUUUAUAAUUUUUACAGCAUUCAAGUUUUUAAACAGAAAUUUUUUUAAUUUAAUUUUUCCGAUUUUAGAGGAAAGCUUUUUCUAGCAAUUUCACUCUGUAUGGAGUGUUGAAUUAUCUGAGAAUCUUAUCCGACUGUUGGAUGCUGGGGUUCAGUGUGCUAGUCAUAAACUUACUACAUCUGUACUUACCCUUAGAUCUACUGCUCUACACUUGUGUAGAUACCAACUAAACACACAAGAAUCUCCACAUCCACCUACAUAUGAACUUCUGUAAUUAUUUCUAUAUUGAUUGUUAGAAGAAACGUUUUCUUGGCCCCAAUGAAAAUUAUGCUGGAGAGAUGGACAGACUUGUGCUGUAAAGAUAAAACGUGCUAGAUCGAAGGCAGAUUCUGAGGACAGAACAGCAUUAUAGAUUGAUAUACUUUAUAUUUACUACUGAGAUAGGGAAAACUAGAUCUGAGAUAUCUUGAGACUAGAUCUGUAUUGUGUGAUGUACUGAGAUAGUGAGUGAGAGCUGCGUUGAGAUACAGUUAGGUGUUUAGCAUUGUAUUUUUUGUCUGUACAUUCCUCUCUCUGCUUACGACAUUGAAUUGUUGACACCAGGUUGUUGUUCUGUUUCACAACUUCAACACAACUUCAAGUUUAGUUCAGUCUUCUACCCUCUACAUAGGUCAGGAAUUACGUACAUCAGUGCUGUCCACUGAAAUACUAAUGAACUGACCCAACAAGCUGAAAAUGACCAACACCCUGUAACAAAUAAAACGUCCGCAGAUUUUCGCAAUACCCAUCAGCCGUCGGUAGUUGGGAGAUUGAUGCCCAAAAGUCCUACACAAACUGUCUGUGCUUUGAUGUCGUAUAACAGAUGUUUCUAUAGCAAUAACCCCCCACUAUCUGUGUGUGAUGUACACUGAUCACAGUGACGGUCCUUGGAGGGGCAGGGCAUUGUCCCCACCCCCCAGACCCAGACUGUGUUGUUAUUUCAAAGCUGUGAUACAUAAUGUCGUAGAGUGUAUACUUUUCAAAUUUCAGUCUCUAUUUUUUCCCCCUUUUCAUUCUCCAUUUCAUAUUGAACUCUUGAUAUUAUUGUCAUUACAAUGCAACUAUUAUAAUAAUUAAGGUGUAUAAUUGUAGAUGUUAGGAUAUUUCAAUUGUGUGGUUGUAAUGUUUCUAGAUGUACAGACGACUUUAAUUGAUCCCACUUCUGCCUCAGAAAAUGUAAUAUUUAUUGUACUUCUCAUGCAAUGAUGUACUUGGCUUUUUAUUCCUCUUGCUUAGUGUUCUUUAACUUAAUGCAGGACAGCAUCUUAUUUUUUACCAUGGAUGUCUGUUGACAGAUUUUUAUAGAUUGUAUGCUCGUAUGUUGAUCUUUUUCUUAUUCAGCGAGGGAUCUUUUUUAUCAUCCAAAUAUUAAAAUAAGACAUUUUGUAUAAUAUUCUUGGGCGCUUUUUUUAAAAGACCUCUAUAAUUUUUAUUAAUGAAAGAAUACUCAUAGAAUAUUAUAUAGAUUUAGUAGAUCUGAGGUAUAAACAAAUCCAGGUGUUUAUAUGCCCUUGACCUAUUUCCAAGGUCAGUGUUUUCUUUUUUAAUCCAUAUGUGUAGAAGAUGUACAUAAAACAAUUGUCUGUAUGAUAUGAUAACCUAAUUUAAUGGUAGAUAGCCCUGUAUUGUUUAUGUCUGUGUACAUUAUCUAUGUAUGUGAUAGAUAUAUAAAAAUCCAUUGUUAUUUUGUAACUCUGUAAGAGAAAGUGGGCUGCUGUCAGUGCUAAUUUGUUUGUCUCAAACUCAACAACAUUCUCCAUUGUAGCAUCUCCUUUUUAAACAUUUGUUACAAAUUGAAAAAUCUCUUUUGAUAUGACAAAAUUGAAUUAAUUUCAAUGAAAAUGUUCCAAUAUGUUAUAACUUUAGUUUUACCUGUUUUUAUUAAGAAAUUUUCAGACAUUUUUCUUUCUUUAGUCAGCCCACUGCAAAGUCAAUUCUUCUGUAUGACUUUUUCGUUGCUCAGGUUCCAUUUUUUUUUUUAAUUUAUGACCUUUGACCUCCUCCAUAUUGUUGACAUUGUAGCUUUAUGCUGACUGUUUAUAUUCUGUCACCAGGGGGCACUCACCCCUGUCCCAGCCAAUCAACUUCUUUCUGAACUACAAGCUGCUGUACAACCAACAGAUUGCUCACAUCAUGCUCUGUGUGUGUGUGAUUUGCUGAUUUAUGUACUGAGUUGACCUAGUUACCAUGGAGAUGGUUGCAUGGUGACUGGAGGUCACACAAUAUGUUUUGUUAAAUAUAUAUAUUAUAUCUUGUGACAAAUUGUUACAGGAUUUUUUUUUUCCUGAACGAUAGCUGAAUAAGAAAUAAUAAAUGGUCAUGACUGCUAUA